UAGAACGCAAGAAAAAAAAAAAAAAAAAAGAGAAGGCCCCUCUUCCUUAUCUCUCCCUUUCCUCUCUCUUUCUCCGUAGAAUCUCUCGAAAAAAAAUCAAUAAAAGGAAGCCUUCGUCUCUCUCUUUCUUGGGUGAUUUGAUGGGCGCCCAGAUCUGAGGUCCCCCUCGUCGGUCUCCAUCACUCGAUGACCGUAGAGUGUAGAUUGCCGCAAGGAAGAGAGCACUGGAUUCUAUUUGGUUCGGUUGCUCAGGCCUUUGGAUUGGAAUCGAUGAACCUAAGAUGCGUGCUUGAGGGGAGGCGGAUGAUAGGAUGGUGGCUUUGUUAGUUCCUUUCCAACUGGUAGUUUUCUCUCUUCCGUGGAGGGUAAGUGAAGUGGGUUUUUUGAUGCUGGGUCUCAGUUCCUUCUGAUUCCGAGUGGAAGAGGAGAAAAGUCCUCUUUAAAAGAAGCUUAUUUUGAAAUGAUUUAAGAGGUAAAGAAAGGGAUGUUCGUUGAUCUAUACCAUGGACCCAGUGUUAUAGAGAAAAAAAGAGAGAAAAAAUAAGCGGGAUUGAACUCUGCUUUGCUGUUAUGUUUACUUUUCUGGGUUUUAUUCAGUUGAGGAAUGUCAAGGUUUGAAUUUGAUAUUGUUUUUUUUUUAUUAACAUAUUGUUCUAAUUGAUGCUUUUUGGUUUAUUUCUCUUGAUUUUAUGCAGUUUUAGAAAGGCAAGUCUGGAUUUUGAUGUUGGUCUGUUAUUAAUAUUUUUGUUGUUAUUGUUGCUUUUCUGCCUACUUUCCUUGAUGUCAUUCAAUUCAAGAAAGGCAUGUUUGGAUUUUCGAGUUGGUCUGUUAUUAAUAUAUUGUUGCUGCUGCUGCUGCUUUAGCUUCCAUUUUGUAAUUGUUGUCCUUUUCUCUUCUUUUCUCAGUCACAGGGUAGGGAGAGGGUGCCAGGGCAUUGAAUUUAAGGGAGCUAGGGUUGGCAUAGAUAGAUGUCGUGGGGGACGCGGAGCUGGGGCUGGUUCAGAUGAGGGAUGUUGGAGGUGUGGAUGAACUUCCUGAAGGCCUGCUGGGGGCCGUCAUCGGCUCAGUGCAUCCACUCAGGCUCUGAUGCAGUCGGCCGGCAAGAUGGGCUGCUCUGGUACAAGGACACUGGCCAACACACAAGUGGGGAGUUCUCCAUGGCUGUUGUCCAGGCAAACAACUUGCUUGAGGACCAGAGCCAGAUUGAGUCAGGUCCACUCAGCUCACUGGAGUCAGGGCUGCAUGGGACCUUCGUCGGGAUUUAUGACGGGCAUGGUGGCCCGGAGACAUCACGAUAUAUCAAUGAUCAUCUCUUCCACCAUCUCAAGAGAUUUGCAUCUGAGCAACAGUCAAUGUCAGCUGAAGUGCUAAGAAAGGCAUUCCAAGCUACAGAAGAGGGGUUCUUUUCUCUGGUCGCUAAACAAUGGCUUAUGAAGCCUCAGAUUGCAGCUGUUGGCUCUUGCUGCCUGGUUGGCGUGAUCUGUGGUGGAACCUUUUAUGUUGCUAAUGUUGGAGAUUCCCGUGUUGUUUUAGGGAGGCUUGUCAAGGCAACUGGUGAGGUUCUUGCAAUCCAGUUAUCAAUGGAGCACAAUGUGAGCAUUGAGUCUGUUAGACAAGAAUUACGUUCAUUGCAUCCAGAUGAUUCACAGAUUGUAGUUUUGAAGCAUAAUGUUUGGCGUGUGAAGGGCCUCAUCCAGGUAUCUAGGUCCAUUGGAGAUAUAUACCUAAAAAAGGCAGAGUUUAACAGGGAGCCUUUGUAUGCGAAGUUUCGUCUUCGAGAACCUUUCAAAAGGCCAAUACUUAGUUCUGAACCUUCAAUUUUGGUGCAACCUUUACAGCCACUAGAUCAGUUUCUUAUAUUUGCCUCUGAUGGACUUUGGGAGCACAUCAGCAAUCAGGAAGCAGUUGACAUUGUUCAAAACCAUCCCAGCAGUGGAAGCGCUCGGAGGCUCGUGAAGGCUGCGCUGCAAGAAGCAGCCAAGAAAAGAGAGAUGAGGUACUCUGAUCUCAAGAAGAUCGAUCGUGGGGUGCGUCGGCAUUUCCAUGAUGACAUCACCGUCAUAGUUGUGUACCUUGAUUCAAAUCUUAUAAGCAAGGCCACCUCAAACAGAGGCCCCACUCUGUCUGUCAGAGGGGGUGGCAUCACUCUACCUGCGAACUCUCUUGCACCUUGCAUGACUCCCACAGAACUCAGUAACCCUUGACAAAGCCAGCUCAACUGUUCUACCAUCCUAUAUGAAACUGAACACUUGACCUUACUUUAAUCACAUGAUCUGAAAAAAUGGGAGGUGAAGCAGCUCAUGUUGUUUACAUAUACUAUAAAAUUGUGCUGAAAAGAAUCAGUUCCCUUUAUGUUAUGUUUAUAAAACAGGGGAGCUCCUACUUCUAGUUUCUAAAUAGCUGGAAGAGAACUUAAAGGUGAAAAUUAAAUUAUUUGGUAGUAUUUUUCAUUUCUUCCAGUCACUGUUUUAACUCUCAUUCCUCUUUCUAAAGAGCUGUGUUUCUGGCAGUGUGUGUUGUCUCAUAUAUUUAUUCUUUUGUUGGGUUUUCUACUCUACUUUGAAGGGAUGAGUAAAAUGUUAUAUGGGAAGCUCAGAUUCUCAGAA